CCUUUUAUUUGUGUUAAUCAUAACCUAUAUGCAAACCGAAUAAUGUGAAACAUUAGUUUAUAGUAGUAGUAAUGUAGGAAACGUUUCCUGUGUUUGGGGUUUGGUGUGAUCCACCUGGAGCAGCCCUGCCCAGAGAGCAGCUCAGAAAUCUCUUCCCUGAGGGAUUUUCCGCCUUCUCCACCGACACAAACACCUCCCUGCGUGGACGGCUCGUGAUAUGAAGAAAAAAAACUUUUCCAUCACAAGCAAACAGCCACUGCUAGUUUCUUUUACAGGAGAGAUUAUUAACUGCGGCAGCCAUGGGAGAAAUCACAGCUCCAAAGAACUUCUCACAAGUUAUAACUGAGAUCUUACAGGAAGCGCCAGCUGCCAGGAAAGAUCUGGUUGAUAACCACAGCAACCUUCUCCAAGUGGCAGAUUACUGCGAAAAUAACUAUCUCCAGGCAGAUGAUCCAACCAAAGCUGUGGAGGAGACCAAGGCUCUGACCACCCAGGCUUUGGCCAGCGUCAGCUACCAGAUCAACAGCGUGGCCAGCACCCUGCUCAGGCUGCUGGACUCCCAGGCCAUGCAGAUCAAAGAUAUGGAGUCAUCUGUCAACCUGCUGUCACUGGCUGCAGCGAUCCACUUGGAGAAGGUGGCCCGACGGGAGAUCGGCACCUUCACCACGCCCAAAGACAAGACCCGAUCAAAGCCCCUGGCCCCGCCCCCUUCAGGCAAGGAACCGGAGGCCGGUUACAUGAGAGUUCCGAUAUCAUACACCAUCUUAGACUCUGUGGGCCACUAUUUCCAGGUCAAAGGGCAGCCGUCCAGCAAGAAUCCAGAGACCACAGAGAACACAGAGAAAACUGAAGAACGCUCAGCGUCGAGCCACGGCAUCGCCGUUCCUCUGCCCUCUGUUCCCACUAAGCCCACCGAGAGCAGCCUGCCUCCCCCUCCUCCCCCUGCCUCUGCUACCAACCUGCCUCCCCCUCCUCCCUCUACGGACGCUGGCCUCCCUCCUCCAUCCUCCUUUCCCUCCCCAACAAAUCUCCCCCCACCUCCUCCUCCACCAACCGCCACCCUGUCGGACAACAGCUUCCUGCCACCUCCUCCACCUCCUGCUGCCAGCAAUACCAGUCUACCUCUUCCCCCUCCUCCUCCUCCUCCUCCUCCAGCAGCCGGCGGUGUGCCACCACCACCACCACCUCCCCCUCCCCCACCGCCUCUCCCCUAGAAGGUAGAUUGCGGUCGGUCAUGGGAGCUACUUGUAAUUAGAAGAUCUAAAGUGUUUAAACCCUGGAAAUUUCUUCUGUGAUGAAUGAUAAAUCAUGAGCCUAAAAUGACAUCUUUCUAGGGAAGAAAAUCCCGCUUUCAGCUCUCUUUAACAGAAGAGCAGCUGCGGAGAUUCUCCCGACGAGUCCAGACAACAACUCCACCACAUUCCUUAAAAACAAGCUGAAACAGGGCUUUCUGUGUUUCUGUCAUCACCGUUUUCAUCACGCUGUAUGUUUUUUCCCUUUGCUAUCACAUCCAUACCUCAU